AUGUCUUAUUCCGAUUUGCCAUUCGCGUAUGGCCCUUUCGUUCCACAUUGGGUUCCGAAACAAUACAUUGAGAACUACUUCUCAAGUCAUCGAACGGACAGAUAUCUCGUCACAAAUACGACUGUUGAGGAUGUUGCAAAGCUGGAAGAUGAGAAUCUGGAUUAUUCGCCAGGGUGGAGACUUACACUACGCCGAUUCAACGAUGUGACACAGCAAGAUGAGUGGUGGCAAGAGGACUUUGAUGCAGUUGUCUUUGCUAAUGGUCAUUACUCUGUUCCUUAUGUACCCCAUGUUACAGGACUCGAGGAAUAUAUGACCAAGUAUCCCGGUCGCGUCAUGCAUUCAAAGCAGUUCCGAUCUGCUCCUGAUUUCAAACAAAAGAGAGUAAUCAUAAUUGGCAACUCUUCUUCAGGUCAGGACCUCACCACUGCUAUUGUUCGCGAGGCCGCUCUUCCUCUUUGGCAAUCUCGUCGUUCACCUGGUCGAUGGGAUGGGGAUAAUCCUCCGCCUGGAGUGGAGUGGAAACCAAUCAUUAAAGAGUAUCUUCCAUCUGGAGACAUCCUCUUUGUGGAUGAAUCGGUUAUAAAGAGUGAUGAUAUUGAUAAAAUCAUUUAUUGUACGGGGUAUAAGCCCUCCUUCCCAUUUUGGAAUGCUCAGUGGAAUGGAGGACGGAUUUAUGAUUAUGGUGAAAGUCGUUUGGUUGGAACUUAUCUUCAUACUUUCUUUCAGGAUUACCCUACAAUUGCGAUCAUUGGUCUACCGAGAGUGUUGACGUUUCGUUCAAUGGAGUAUCAGGCUAUUGCUGUUGCUCGGGUUUGGUCUGGUCGCAGUUCAUUGCCCUCUACAGAAGAGCAAAUAUCGUGGGAACGGAGCCGUGAUGUAUUGACGAAGCGGGAGCGAAGAAAAUUCCAUGAUAUAACUUGGGAUAAUGGAGAAACUGUCGAAUAUCUUCAAGCGUUAUUUAAUAUCGCUGGUUUGCCUACGCUGGAUGGUGCAGGAAGAUAUCCGCCUGUUCUUGAUGCAGAGACGAGAUGGGCGAUUCAAAAUAUCAAAAAGUACCCAGAGCCAGGAAAGAAAGAGGAUGAAGAUGGUUAUGUGGUUAUUGGUUCUAAUGAAGUCAAGGAUAGUCUCCAUUUCAUCUAA